AUGAAGGACAUGGUGAAGUGCAGGGUGCUAAAGGCCCACCCAUGUCAGGAGUGUGGGAAAUCCUUCAGCAAGAAGGGAAAUCUGAAAAGACACCAACGGAUCCACACGGCAGAGGAGCUCUUCACUUGUGGGGAGUGUGGGAGGCACUUCACCACCCGGGGCCACCUCACAACCCACCAGAGCAUCCACACAGGAGAGAGACCCUUCUGCUGUGGAGAGUGUGGGCGGUGCUUCCGCCUGGAGAUGUGCCUGGCUGCCCACCAGAAGACACACACCAAGGGUGGUCCCUUCCUCUGCGCCUGCUGCGGCAAGAGCCUGAGCACCAAGAUCUACUUCAAUAUCCAUAUGCGGACCCACAGGGAGAAGAGGCCGUUUGCCUGCACGGAGUGUGGGAAGAGCUUUGUGAAAAAAGGCACCCUCACCACCCACAGGGAGAUCCACAAGCGGGAGAAGCCCUUCAAGUGUCCUGACUGCAGCAGGUGCUUUGGGCAAAGUGCCACCCUGAUGGCCCACCAGAAGAUACACCUCCGGGGAGGACCUUUCAUCUGUACGGAGUGUGGGAAGAGCUUGAGCACCAAGAGGUACUUCAAUGUCCACCAGAGGAACCAUGCUAAGCAAAAGGGGCACAUCAAUGGUGUGUCUCUCCAGAUCAUCCAGAUUAAAGAGGAGCCUGAUUUUGCCUUCAGGUCAGAGGAGAGUAUAUUGGAGAACAUGUCCUGUGAAGGAGAUGUAGCCCAGGGGUGUAGCAUACCCAGAAGUCCAUCUAACCCUCAAAACCCUGCUUGGAAAAUCCAAAUGAAGGAGGAACCAGAACCACCCACUGAUGGCACAGCAAACAUUACUGCAAUACCCUGCCAGAAGCUUUACAUCAAAGAAGAGCCACCAGAAAACCCAGACUAUGGAAAGCUCUUUGAUCCAAAGAUCCCACUGCUUGCAUUACAGGGGAGACAGCCUAAAAAGGAAGAAGAUGCUGAUGAGCAGCGUGAAGUCCCAAUAGCCAGUAACCAUGUGCUCCAUGUGAAGGAAGAACCAGAGGAAAGCAUUGAGUUUGGGAUGCAUUAUGGACAAAAGCCAAACCUCACUGCUAUCCAGAAGAUCCAGAUUAAAGAGGAACCUGGUGUGGAGGCCAACCACCAGGAGAGCCAGGGUACAAAGACGAAGCAGAAGACAUACUGCCAGUCGACCAAAGAGGGGAUGCUGGAGAAACAGGAGAACUCCAUGUCCAAGAAAGAUCUCUCAGCAAAAGGAGUUCCCAAGGGUGAACGGAUAUUCCCCUGUCCAGAGUGUGGGAAGUGUUUCAAUCAGAAGUCAAACCUGACGAGACACAGGAAGAUCCACACGAGUGAGGGACCAUACAAGUGCAGCGAGUGUGGGGAGAGCUUCCGCAUGAACCGCAAGCUGGUCCGGCACCAGCGCAUCCACGUGAGUGAGCCCUUCAAAUGCUCCGAGUGUGGGAAGAGCUUCACCCAGCGCUCAAACCUGGUCCGGCACCAGAGGAUUCACACCAAGGAGGAGCCCUACCAGUGCCCAGAGUGUGAGAAGACCUUCAACCAGAAGGCCAACCUGUUCCGUCACCAAACAAUCCACGUCCGCAUGGGGCCUUGCAAGUGCACCAAGUGUGGGAAGUGCUUCCCCCACAAGCGCCACCUGAUCAAACACCAGCUGCUCCACUCCCGGGGGGGAGCCUACAAGUGUGGGGUCUGUGGGAAGCGCUACAGGCUGAAAAAGUACCUGAGGAGGCACCAGAAAAUCCACAUGCGGGAAGGAACUGCUCCCUGCUCAAAACCGGGGUACACCACACAGACUGCACCCCACCACACUGAACAGAGGACACUGGUUGCCCUGAAGAGUGAAGAAGAGAGCUGA